AUCUCCAUGUGAAGCAGCAGCAGGACGGAGCUGGAACCUGCAGGGAAGGCGGCAGUGCAGGCAAUCCUGAGGACACCAGCAACUGCCUUUCAGCUCUCACAUUUAUAAAUAAUUUAUUUCCAGCCACCUGUGCCCAGAAUAACAAUUUUCUGCCUGAAAUCUCCAAGCUGGUGCUGGGAGGACGUCAGGGGCUCGCUUUCCCGGGACCGCCUGGACCUGUUGGGAAGGGGUCCGGGUCUCCAGAGGGGCAGCUCUGAAGGGAUGUGCCCCUAGCGGGAAGAGGCACGAGGAACAAACACGGAGCAUCCGUUCAGCUGAUCGCAUUAGGGCUUCUCGCUGCUGCUGCUGCCACUCAGCUCUCUGCCGAUGCAGCCAUCCGUGCGUUUGGACAAACACCCAGGCAGGGGGAAUGGGUAGGUCUGGAAACGUCGGCAGCUGCAGAAGGCUGCAGAGCUCUGCCGUGAAGCUGCCUUAGAGGAGAGGCUGCUUCCCCGGGCAGGGCAGCGUUAUGAAACACGAGCGCUCUGGCUGUGCCUGAGGAUUUUGGCAGCGCGGCGCGGACGCUGCUCCCAUCCUGCCUGGUGGCGCAGGAGGCCAUGGAGCGGCUCCCUCCGGCCGGCCCCCGCAGGGCGCAGCACCCCGGCGCCCCGGCCCGCUGAGCCGCAGGGAGCCCCGAGAGCCGCAGGAGCCCCGAGAGCCGCAGGAGCCCCGGAGGGACGCGGCGGCCGCGGACUUUGCCUGGCUACCCCAGGGGCUCCUCAGCCACAAAAGAAAGGUGAGGUUUUUCCUCUUUUUCUUACACCGUUCGGUAUCUGCCUCUGCGAGCCGGGUGCCAGCUGGCCUGGGCACGAGCAAUAACCAGACAACUUUUUCGAGACUGAGGUAUCAGCAUUCAUUGCAGUCUCAAUGACCAUUUGCUUUACUAAAUUAAUCCACAGCAUCUAAGUAAAGGGGUUGAGCGGCAUUAUUUACAAAGACUGCAGGUUGCUCUCGAGAUGCCCUUCCCCAAGCAUCUAUGGAACAUUAUACUUGAAAAGUCAGCAAUGGAUACUGCAAGUGUGUGUGUGUUACAGCCUAGUGAGGCAGGCUGGAAUGCUCAGCUUCUCCCAUCAGUUUCUGGAGUAUCACUGCUGAAUAAAUAGACUCUAUCAAUGUUUAGUAGGUGAAUGUUGCAGAAUUCAGAUAUUGAAGGGUUUAUUAAAGACACUUCUACAACACCUACGAUUAAGUUACAGAGCUGUGUGUUAUUUUAAUUCUAGUAGAUUUUCUUGCACACAGGGAAAGAUCUCAUCUGUAGAUCCUGUGGGCUAAAGCAAACGUAAAUAUAUGGUACACUUGUUACAACAUUCUUGUGCAAAACUUCAGCCACAGACCACAUAGGAGCUUUUGGAAACUGCAGAUAGAGCAUCAUUUGCUGGGUGGUUGAUCUCUUAAUACCUAAGAAAGUACAUCAUGCAUGAAUUAUUGCUAAUUAAAUACUUUUGAGAUACAGUAAUAGUUUGCUGAAAGCUUUCCAUGUAUCAGAGAAUGGUGACAGCAGACUGUAUAUUACCUCUGGAGCACACAUCACUGUUUACAGGGUGCACACACAUGGAUGUGGAUACACAUGUACACCUGGAAAGUGGGUAUGCAUGUGUCUGCAUGCAUCUCUUCCAUUCUGGCAUGGAAUUAGUCCUGCUGAUUACUGCAUUAUGACUUGAGCUAGGUAAAAAGUGUGGGAUUAAUGGAGAAAUACCAUGGUGUGAUCUCUGCUCAAGCUGUCCCUGAGCACUUUCCAAGUCAGCACUCUCACAAUAAGCCUUGCAGGACCAUCUGCCUCCCACAGGCUUCUCUGCAUCCCUCACCUCAGGCUCAACAUUAUUGUCUGGAUUUAUACCUAUGUAUGCUAAAAAAUUGGUCUUAAAAAGCCAAAUAUCUGGUGAAAGAGCCACUGGGACAGGAUUUGCACAAGUUAGUGCCAACUUCUCCAGCCUCAGGCUGCAGCUCUGCUCUGUGGCAUUGCCUUUCCCUUCCGAAGCUGAAUUAUCUGUCUCUGUAAAAUGCCUCCUCUAUUGAAUAAACAGAGUAUAAUAUAUAUUUUAAAUUUGUGUUACUUUCAGCUUGAUUUGGGUAAAUGGACUAUAGAGUUUUGCUUCAUCUUUCUGCUAGCUCCACAUAAAGAUUUUUUCUUAUUUAUCACAGUUCAGUGUUAUUUAAAGGUUUUAACACAAUCUCACCAUCAAAGAUAAUUUUGCAAUCUGAUUACAUCUUGUAGCAAGCAGUGGCAAACUCACUGGAGAGCCCUCUCAAGCUGCAAGACUUGUCACCACAUCAUGUGGAGAAAUUUGCGUGCUUCUACCUAAUUUCCAGCUUGUUGGCAGACCUCCCUUGCUGGGAGAGGUGUGGGGUCAGCACAGACACAUCCUCUAGCAAGGAAAACUUUGUAAGUUGUAAGAAGUGCUUGAAGUUUCUCGGAAUGAUUGGAAUAAAGGGAACUGCAAAUAGUUGACAGAGUCCCAACAUCAAAUCUGUGGCUUUGUAAGAGUUUUACUUCCUGUGUGCAUUCACACAAUUUGAUAUUUGUCUUGACUUCCCAAAACACUGAGAAAAUGGCAGUGUAUAUCCAAGGAAAAGGCUGCAAGACAGAAUCCUUUAGCUGAGGCCUGACUGCAUUUGUCUUCAAAGAAAGCUGACAAAAGAAAGGAGAGACAUGGAAGAGGGAUGGAUUUUUCUAAAAAUAGUAAUCAUGAGUCCAAUUCCCUUCAGUUUACAACAGGAAACAUCAUCUUGCUUCCUUGCCAACAACUCUGAAUUUGCAAAAUCCUGCUAGUCUUUAGACAAGGACCAACUCUUGAUGACCUGCAGCUGUCAGAGCAGCACUGACCCGAGCUUCUGCACUGAGCACACAUCAAGGGACAGUCCCCAGUUAAGCAGCCCUUCACCUGCGAGUCUGGGGCUGUUUUUUAGUGUCUUCAGCUUUACCAGCAUUCAUGGCAUCACUGAAAAUAUUCAGUCUUCCCUUAAAAAUUCUGUAAAUGCUCCUUCAGCUAGGAGAGUAGAAUUGCUGAGAACUUUAUCAUGUUUCUUUUAUUUCUCUCUGCAAAUACAUUAAUGCAGCUGCCUAGUGUGAUAUCCUCUGUCACAUUUUGCGAGUUCAUUUCGGAAGCAAGGUACUGAUCUGCUUUUCCUUAUAGCAACUGUUUUGGUGGCAAGAGAUCCUUUCCCUGCUGAAGUCCCAGCACCCUGUAGAUCUGUGCUUCCACUCACCAUUUCCAAAGCUGAUAAUUUCCAGUGCUAAUUGUUGCCCUUUUUUCAGUGCAGUGUUAACCCUUUCAUUGCCCUCUUCACCUAGAGGUCUCCUCUGCCAUUUAACAGUUCUCACUGCCCAUCAAUUACCCAUCAUUGUCCUUUCAAUAAUAAUUUUAUGAUUUUACUAACAACUUCCAAUUCUUAUGGUCCUAAGCCCCCUUUGGCUGUGAGAGCUGAUAAAGAAGGAUAGAAGACUUGUUUUCUUCCAUUUAGCUUCAUUCAUUUUAGGUGAAAUAUGCAUGAAAAAGACAAAUGCCGCAUUUUCUAUUACAGAUACUAGUUAUUUCCUCCUUAGUCUUUCCUUUUAAAUAUCAUCAUCAGAAGUGAUGCACUUCAGCUCUUUUAGGCAUACUUUGAUGAUAUUGCAAUAUGCAGUUUAUGGAUAAAUCAAAUGACAGUUUUUAUUCCAGCAGCACUUUGCUAUUUCCCCACUAAAAAGCAACAUUUAAUUUUUGAGUUGCACGUUUGCAGCAGUGGUUGUGGGCGGAGAGUCUGCUUAUUUAUUUGGUUGGGUUUUACUAGAAUGUACUGUCAUGGCAACUGCUCUAAGGGUGAGUGCAUCUGGAGGUAAUUCGUACACAUCAUGUUGAAUGCAGCAAAAUUGCCUUGUACCAUUUAAACUUUCUCAGCCACUGGGCAAGGGCAAAGUUACCCCUUUGAGACUCCGAAGCAGCUUCUCCUUACUAAACAGACAAAUACAUAAACAAACUUGGCAUAGCACCAGGAGCAAUGCCAAAUAUUUCUUGAUGUUUGGUUGCAGAGUCUGCUGCACAGUUAAUUUAGGUCCAAUACCUUGGGUGUUUUCACCAGUUCUGCUGAUGCACAGAAAGCUUUCCAUCGUGUUCAUGGGGAGGCAGAACAUUCUGCCCUGCCCAGGUGCUGUUUGGGCAGGCCUUGGCCAGACUGGUCUCUCUUGGUUCCAGGAGGCGUUGCCACGUGCUGCCCAGGCAAAUGCCAGAUCCUCUCACCCUGGCAUUGAUGUGGUCUCCAGGUGUUCCAUUUUACAUCACUGCAAGCACAGAGAAACUCUAUCAAAAUCCACUGACCAGCCACACAAUUGGUGUUAAAAGGGACUGAAUUUGGCCCAUGAUGCAGUUUCAAGCAUAACAUGCAUGGUCUUGAUAGCCCUUCUCCAGCCAGGGAGCUCCAGCUGUCCCAGCAUGGCCUCUCCAACACCAGCAACAAGGACUCAUCUGAGAACUUGGGGCUGAAGCAUCUCUCUCGGUGAAUAAACCAAAAGAGCUGUGAAAUCCUGAAUUACAGAUGGGAGGAAAUGACUGCAAAUCUGAUAUAUUUAUCUAGUCUUAUCUUUCUGCUGCGGGGGGAAAUCUUAAACCUUUUGCACGGGUGUGUGACUGCAGCCAUUGCCAUCUCACACUGAGGGUUUGCUGUAGCUUCCCUGGGCAGGGCUGCCUGGGGCAGCGUGGAGAGCUGAGCCACACGGGCACCUUCCCUGCUGAGCCAGCCUCACCUCGAGGUUCUGCACGGAGCACGGGCACCCCCAGCCUGAACCUCAGCUGGCUGAUGCCUGCACAAUGCUUGCUUUCAGCUCACACAGCCUCCACUGGGAACAGCUCAAGUUUACGGUGGCCCCAUGGCAGGAACAACUAGUGAAUGAAAUCCCACCUGUGCUCAUAGACAGUAUUUCUUCGGAUGAAUUAGUGCAGUAACAUCCUGCAGGAUCUAAUUAUGGCUAAUUUUCCAUUCAUUUGUCUCAGUACAUCUGACCCUUUUACUGCGAUUCUUGAGCACUCACAACAUUGAUCAGAGAUUUAACUCUAAGGGUCAGCUCUUUAGCUGGUGUAAAUCAAUGCAUUUUCUUUGGCUUUGGAGCUGAUCCGAAGGGAAGUGUGUAACUUCUGCUGCAGAGAGAGCAGUCAGAAUUCACUGAAGAUGCUGCAGCCUGGCAGUGCUUUGCACCUGCUUGUGCUCACCAGCCCUUGGAGAAAGAGUAGCAAUCAGCACAUUGAAUACUUCUGGAUAUUACUCAGUCCUCUACAAUUAAAAUCAGCAUACUUGUACUUAAAAAAAAUACCAGUAAUAAAAGUACAUAAAUCAGGUCUUCAAGAUCACCUGGAUUGUAAGAUUAAAGACAGAGACUCCUGGCUUGUGACAGCCUCAUUUAGGAAUUAAGGCUAAAAGGUCACACAGAAGGAAUUCAGGCUGAACUGACAAAAGAUUUAACUGAGCCUUAAUUUAAUUUUGUCCUUGAAGUUUUGGAUCUUUGGUUUGGUUGCUAUCUAAGACAGAAAGAAUUUGCAUAACCAAAUGAAAAGGAGAAUUGGUGAAGACUAAAUUGGUAACAUUUCUUUAAUAAAGCAGCAUAAAUGAGCAUCGACAAAACUUUAAAUCAACAACUGAAACAAGAAACAGUGAGCAGAUGUUCGUCGCCAGGACUGUGGAUUUCAGGAGUGUGCCCCAACUGCAAGCUAAGCAAAAGUCAUAAUAUUUUCUUUUCUGGAAAACACUGCAUCUUUUCUCAACACUUGCCUGGCUCCACAGAGAAAGGAUAGACUGGGAAAACAGGAAUUUAUGUGGAGAUGCCAGCUUUUAUUUUCCACGGGAGGUUAAAGGUUCCCCAGAGUACAAAGGAGCUUUUCUUGCCCAGACAAUCCCAUCGUGGUACACAUCAGCACAACUAAAGCUACAAAGCUCAGCAACAGUCAAGAGAGAUCUGCUGAACUUGAGCUGAAUUUUUUUUCAAAUAUUCACUAGUUUUUCUCCACACACAUUCCCACAUCAACACCUGGCAAUAUGAAUUCACUAAAAAAAAAAUAUAGUGGGAUCUCUGGUUUCUGUUAAAGCAACACACACAGAACCUCCAAAUAUCCUUCCAACAUAAAGCCCAACUUCUUUGUGCUGCACAGAGAUUAAUAAUUAUUAUCUUAUCUAUUGUGAGUUGAUGCAAUUUCUUUUUUCCUCCCACACACCCACACUUCUGUUUCCUUCUGAUCUUCAUUUGUAGCUGAGCUACUGUUUAGCUGAAAGGGAGGAAUUUGGUAAUACCUCCCUAAAAAGAUGCCUGUUCAUCCAGUGACAAAGGAUGGAGAUGUUGGCUAUUGAUAAAAGAAAAUAAAGAACUUAUUUUCCAAACAUCCCAAGAGAAAUAACCUCAUCAUUAAGGUAUUUCUUGUGCAUUCCAAGUUAAAAGAAAGAAACGAAAAAGUCUGAAGAUCUGAAACUCGCUUGAGCUCAAUCAAUCGUUCUCAUUUGACUAUAGUUCUUAACGUGCAUAAUUAUAAACAACAGAUGGAGAAAUGCUCAGAUAAAGCCAAAAAGGGUGGGUGGGGGAAAGUCACCCUGAUGGUGGAUGUUUUCAAUCUGGAUGUGAACCAGCCUUACACCCCUUGGUCUUUCAGGUUUCAGCAUCGGCAGCUCGGCAGGGCACGAUGAAGGCAUCAGCCCAGGAGCCCACGGAGCCCCUGGGCCAGCUGGGCGCCUGAGGCUGGCAGCAGUGCCACACCAGCCUGGUCUCUGCUGCAGCCAGCUGGGAGAAGCUUUUAUUCAGGAGCAGGCACCGAAGUGAUGGGCUGAACUUAUGGGAGGAAUGAGUGUCUGGCCAGGCGAAGAUUUGGAGGCCUGUUGGGAAGCGUGAAGGGCCAGUUUCAGUAAGGGCAUGGCCAAAGCUUUCUUCAGGCUACAGAAGUUUCUCCGUCGGAUCCAGUUUCUGCUCUUCUUCCUCACAGCAGCUUACCUGAUGGCUGGCAGCCUCUUGCUACUGCAGCGGACCCGCUUGGUUCUCCAGCAAGGUUCGCGUGGGACCCCCAGUAACCAGGCCCUGCCGGUGCCUGAGGAGGUGAGCAGGGAGGGGGUCACUGAGCCCAGGAGCCUGCAGAGCCCCCGGCCCGGCCCCAGGCUGUUGGUGGGCAUGGAUGCGCUGCAGGAGCCGGCCCUGCACCAGCAGCACGGCCCGCACUGGCUCACGUCCCGCAACUCGGAGCUCAGGCAGCUGAGGAGAAGGUGGUUCCACAGGCUCAGCAGCGACCAGGAGCCCCUGCAGACAGCAGGAUUUAAAGCAACGAAGCGCACUGCUGAACACAAAGGCACCUACAUGGGCUGCUUCACUCAUGAUUCGAGGGAGAGGACUCUGAAGGGAGCUGUCUUUUAUGACUUAAGAAAAAUGACAGUAGCUCACUGUCAGGAAGCUUGUGCUGAGAGGGCUUACAGCUACGCGGGCCUGGCCUCCGGAGCAGAGUGCUACUGCGGGAACUCGCUGCCGGCCGCGGCCGCCCAGCCCCAGGAGUGCAACAGCGAGUGCAGGGGGCAGAGGGGCUCCGUGUGCGGGGGGCUGCACCGGCUCUCGGUCUACAGCCUGGAGCAGCUGCGGGCAGCAGCCAGGACACGGAGGAAUGUUAUCUAUCGAGGAUGUUUUAGAGCUCCAGAAAAUUUAACAGACACCUUUCCAGCCUCUUUGAUACAGCCCAAUUUGACGGUGGAGAUGUGCUCUGAAUUUUGCUCCAAGAAAGAGUUCCCGUUGGCAGUGAUCCGAGGGCAGGAGUGCUACUGUGGGUACCCCACCAGGCGCUUCCCGCUGCGCGAGGGCAUGGACGGGCAGCGCUGCAGCGGGAGCCGCAACGCCAGCAGCGCUGCUGGGGGAGAGUACUGCCUGGUCUAUCAGACACCUGUGCAAGACACCCGCUGCACGGACAGGAAAUUCUUAACCACCAAAUCCAAAGUGUUUGUUGCUUUGUCGAGCUUUCCUGGGGCUGGGAAUACGUGGGCACGCCAUCUGAUAGAGCACGCCACAGGAUACUACACAGGAAGUUAUUACUUUGAUGGAGCCCUCUACAACAAAGGUUUUAAAGGAGAAAAAGACCACUGGAGAAGUAGAAGGACCAUCUGUGUGAAGACACAUGAAAGUGGCAAGACAGAGAUUGAAAUGUUUGACUCGGCGAUCCUGUUGAUAAGGAACCCGUACAAAUCACUGAUGGCAGAGUUCAACAGAAAAUACGCUGGGCACCUGGGCUAUGCCACUGACCGCAACUGGAAGAGCAAAGAGUGGCCGGAUUUUGUGAACAGCUAUGCCUCCUGGUGGGCCUCCCAUGUCCUGGAGUGGCUGAAGUAUGGGAAGCGCCUGCUCGUUGUCCAUUAUGAGGACCUGAAGCAGAGCCUCAUCCCCAAGCUGAAGGAGAUGGUGGAGUUUCUGAACGUGACAGUGACAGAGGACCGGUUGCUCUGUGUGGAGAACAACAGGGACGGGAAUUUCAAGCGGUCUGGUGCUAAGCAAAAGAAUUUUGAGCCAUUCACCCAGGAAAUGAAAGAUCUUAUCAACAGAUACAUCCUGACAGUGGAUGAAGCCCUAAGGGGAAGAAACUUCUCAGGGCUGCCCAGAGAAUAUGUGCCAAGAUGAUAGGCUGGUAUCACACUGCUGUGGUUAAAAAGGAAGUUGUUGGUUUUUUUCCUUAAAAAAAAAAAAAAAAAAAAAAAAAAAAAAAAAAAAAAAAAAAAAAAAAAAAAAAAAAAAAAACA